CGCCGCCGCCUCGCGCCCCGGCCGGGCGUGGAUGGAGGGCGCCGCGCGCCCUGCCCGCUGCUCGGCGUGACGCGGGCCCCCGCGCCCCGCGCCCACCAUGUCCUACCCGCAGGGCUACCUGUACCAGGCGCCCGGCUCGCUGGCGCUCUAUUCGUGUCCGGCGUACGGCGCGUCGGCGCUGGCGGCGCCGCGCAGCGAGGAGCUGGCGCGGUCGGCGUCGGGCUCGGCGUUCAGCCCCUACCCCGGCUCCGCGGCCUUCACCGCGCAAGCGGCCACCGGCUUCGGCAGCCCGCUGCAGUACUCCGCCGACGCCGCCGCCGCCGCCGGCUUCCCGUCCUACAUGGGCGCGCCCUACGAUGCACACACGACCGGGAUGACGGGCGCCAUCAGCUACCACCCUUACGGCAACGCGGCCUACCCGUACCAGCUCAACGACCCGGCCUACCGCAAGAACGCCACGCGGGACGCCACGGCCACGCUCAAGGCCUGGCUCAACGAGCACCGCAAGAACCCCUACCCCACCAAAGGCGAGAAGAUCAUGCUCGCCAUCAUCACCAAGAUGACCCUCACGCAGGUCUCCACCUGGUUCGCCAACGCGCGCCGGCGCCUCAAGAAGGAGAACAAGAUGACGUGGGCGCCCAGAAACAAAAGUGAGGACGAGGACGAGGACGAGGGCGACGCGGCGAGGGGCAAGGAGGAGAGUGCGGACAAGGCGCACGAGGGCACCGAGACAUCGGCUGAGGACGAAGGGAUCAGCCUGCACGUGGACUCGCUCACCGACCACUCCUGCUCCGCCGAGUCAGACGGAGAGAAGCUGCCCUGCCGCGCCGGGGACCCCCUGUGCGAGUCGGGCUCGGAGUGCAAGGAGAAGUACGACGACCUGGAGGACGAGGACGACGACGACGACGAGGACGGCGAGCGGGACCUGGCGCCGCCCAAGCCCGUGACCUCGUCGCCGCUCACCGGCGUGGAGGCGCCGCCGCUGCUGAGCCCCCCUCCCGAGGCCGCGCCCCGCGGGGGCGGGGGCGGCAAGACGCCCCUGGGCAGCCGGACGUCGCCAGGCGCGCCGCCGGCCGCCAGCAAGCCCAAGCUGUGGUCUCUGGCCGAGAUCGCCACGUCGGACCUCAAGCAGCCGAGCCUGGGCCCGGGCUGCGCGCCGCCCGGGCUGCCCGCCGCCGCCGCGCCCGCCUCGAGCGGGGCGCCGCCGGGCGGCUCGCCCUACCCCGCGUCACCGCUCCUCGGCCGCCACCUCUACUACACAUCGCCCUUCUACGGCAGCUACACAAACUACGGGAACUUGAACGCGGCGCUGCAGGGCCAGGGGCUGCUGCGGUACAACUCGGCGGCCGCGGCCCCCGGAGAGGCGCUGCACGCCGCGCCAAAGGCCGCCAGCGACGCGGGCAAGGUGGGCGCGCACCCGCUCCCGGAGCCCCACUACCGGCCCCCGGGCGGCGGCUACGAGCCGAAGAAAGAUGCCAGCGAGGGCUGCACCGUGGUUGGUGGGGGCGUCCAGCCCUACCUAUAGAAGGGCCGAGACAGCAAUGCAAGUAGGUGUCACAAUUGCUUUGGAAAAAAAAAAAAGUCAGCAGGCCAUUCUCUCCUCCCAAGUUCAUAAAUAUACAGAUAUAUAUAUAUAUAUAAAAUGACCUCUAAAUCCCGACCGCGUCUUGUGCCACUGUAAACAGGAAGGAUCCACAGGGCACUGCCAACCCACAGACUCUAUCGGAGCAGACUUUUGUUGGACAUACGUGAAUUUGUUGGCAUAGUAUAGCUUCCCCAAUGUAUGUGUGACUUUUGAAAACAAUCUUUUUUCUCAGGAUAUCUUGAAUUGAUCACUUCAUUGCCACGGUAUAUAUUCUAUAGGUGUGAUAGGAUUUACUGUAAAAUUUAUUUGUAAAAGAUGUACACAGUAGAAAUAAAACGUGAUUAUAGAACUUGAGUACUUAAGAAGUGGAAACAAAUUUGAUAUUUAUUUUUAUAAUGAUAUAAAGCUUCUAGUAAUUUAUGCAAGUUGUAUUGCAAUGGAAUCUAAACCUUUUGUAAAUAAAUUCUGCCUGGUUUUUAUUUGAACAUUGCUGGUUAUACAAUCUUUGUUGGUUGUUUAACAAGAAUUCUUUACUAAUUUAUAUCUUAAAUUGUAAAUAAAAACAAACUAGUCUACAACAGCGUGGUGUUUGGGGCUCAUUUGUCCUGGAAGAGGCUUUGGGUAGGGAGCCCUGGGGACAGCAGCCCCUCCCCCCAGGUGAUCUGACCUCAGGCUUUUUAAUGAAAAUGUGUAAAAUAAUCCCUCCCGUCUGCUCCUGCAAGAAGGCAGAGGCAGGAGCAGUACACUGUAGGGAGAUACGCAUGGUUUUACAUUAUUUAUAUACACAUGCAUUGUAAGAAAAUCUGGAUUUUGUGUUCUGAAUAUGCAAAUGGAUUGUUAGUGUACAUUUUAAAAACUUGGCAAAAUAAAGUGAUCUGAUACCCCAUUCA